CCAUGGAGAGCGCCCGCCUGCGGCUGCUGCCCGUGCUGGGCGCCGCCCUGCUGCUGCUGCUGCCGCCGCUGCUGGGCGCCCGCGCCCCGGAGGACGCCGAGCUGCAGCCCCGCGCCCUGGACGGCCGCCCGGCGGCGGACGACGCCUCGCACGAGAAGGAGCUGAUCGAGGCGCUGCAGGAGGUGCUGAAGAAGCUCAAGAGCAAGCGCAUCCCCGUCUACGAGAAGAAGUACGGCCAGGUGCCCAUGUGCGACGCGGGAGAGCAGUGCGCGGUGCGCAAGGGCGCGCGGAUCGGCAAGCUGUGCGACUGCCCGCGCGGAACCUCGUGCAACUCCUUCCUGCUGAAGUGCCUGUGACGGCCCGCCCGCCCCC